CAUAUUAUGAAAAAAUCUGGUCAUUUCAUUCAGUCAUCCUUCAUCUGAAGUUUGUUAUGUGGAAAGCUGAGAACAGUGGAAUCCAUCAGACAUGGGGAAACCAUGCCUGAAAAUGUAUCAAGCUCUUAUCAUCACAGGUUCUGCUCCAGAUCUCCAGAGUCCACUGGUCACAAACAAGAAUGAUGGAAACCAUGCCUUCAGCUCUGAGGAUGAGGAGUCUGUUAUUGAAGAGGAUGUGCAACAUAUUGCUGACAAUGUGAUUGAAGGCCAAGAAACUGGCCUUCAUCCCAACCAGUUCAGAGCACCAGCAGUUUCACCCAACAAGCAAGGCUUAAAUAAGUACCCAGCAGGUAACUUGGUUGUCCUUUCUACUGCUGUCAAGCCAUCAGGUUCACAACAUCAGCAGCUUAUUGGGCCAUUCAAAUCCAGUGGUGCUUCUGCUUUGCAGCCAUCUCCAAAAAAGCAGAAUGUUGGGACAUAUCAUCCUGGUUAUCCACAUGCUCUUCUGAUUAUGAGGGCUGAUUCAAGGCCACCCAUUCCUUCUGUUGGAACUAUAAAUGCUGCAUGUGCUGGUUCUGCUCCAGAUCUCCAGAGUCCACUGGUCACAAACAAGAAUAAUGGAAACCAUGCCUUCAGCUCUGAGGAUGAGGAGUCUGUUGAAGAGGAUGUGCAAAAUAUUGUUGACAAUGUUAUUGAAGGCCAAGAAACUGGCCUUCAUCCCAACCAGUUCAGAGCACCAGCAGUUUCACCCAACAAGCAAGGCUUAAAUAAGUACCCAUCAGCAGGUAACUUGGUCGUCCUUUCUACUGCUGUCAAGCCAUCAGGUUCACAACAGCAGCUUAUUGGGUCAUUCAAAUCCAGUGGUCCUCCUGCUUUGCAGCCAUCUACAAAAAAGCAUAAUGUUGGGACAUAUCAUCCUGGUUAUCCACAUGCUCUUCUGAUUAUGAGGGCUGAUUCAAGGCCACCCAUUCCUUCUGUUGGAACUAUAAAUGCUGCAUGUGCUGGUCAGACUAAUACUGCUACCAGUAACCCAUGUGGUCUACCAACAGCAAACACACCUGCUGUCUCAGUCCUUCCAACAUGUGCUACACCCAUUCCAACACAUCCUGCUAGUCUGCUGACUGCUAAAGCUCCUCCCACAUGUGCUCAACCAACUGCUAAAGCCACAUGUGCUCCACCUGCUCAAGCACCUACCACAUAUGCACCCAUUACUUGUGCUACUCUGGCAACUACCUCAGCAACACCAGCCACAAUAACUGCUCCAGCACCAGCUGAUUGCAAAGCUUGUCUGACAUCCUCUGAUUUAUUAUUAUUUUUUGAAACACUGGGCAAUCUUCUGAACACCAAAUUGGCUGAAAUCAUGCAGUUGAUCAAUAGCAUAAUUGUGUCACCUCCAUUUAAUGGAAAUGAUGCUGCUCCAGCAGAUCUCCAGAAUCCACCAUCAGUCACAGACAAGAAUGAAAACAAUUCUCUGAGAUCAGAGCAAGAAGAUUCUGUUGAAGAAAAUGAACAAAAUAUUGUUGACAAUACAAGUAAAUCCAGAGGUCCUUCUGCUGCUCAGCCAGCUUCAAAACAGAGGAGUUUUGGGACAAGACCUUCUGGUGGCAUUCCUGGUCAUCCACAUCUUGGUCUUCUGAGGGAUGAAUUAGGAUCCCCCAGUGCUUCUAUAAAUGGUGCUGCAUGUGGUCAGACUACAGCUGCUCCCAACACAUGUGCUCCACCAACUGCAGCACCAAUGUCAUGUGCUCCACCAGUUACUGAAGCACUCCCAACAUGUGCUCCACCAGUUACUGAAGCACUCCCUACUUGUGCUCCACCAGCAGUUACUGAAGCACUCCCUACUUGUGCUCCACCAGCAGUUACUGAAGCACUCCCUACUUGUGCUCCACCAGUUACUGAAGCACUCCCUACUUGUGCUCCACCAGCAGUUACUGAAACACUCCCCACUUGUGCUCCACCAAGUCAAGCACCCCCAGUAUGUGUUCAACCAGCUGAAGCCCCCACUACACUUCCUCCACCAACUGAAGCACCCAUCAUCACAUGUGUUCCACCACCAACUGAAGCACCAACUGCUCCACCUACUCAAGCACCCCCUACAUGUGCUCCACCAAUUAUUGAAGCACCCACCACCACAUGUGCUCCACCACCAACUGUUCCACCAACUGCUCCACCAACUCCACCACCAAUAACUCAAGCACCCACUGCAUGUGCUCCACCACCAACUCAAGCACCCAUCACAUGUGCUCCACCACCAACUGAAGCACCCACUACACUUGCUCCACCAACUGCACCACCAACUCAAGCACCCAUCACAUGUGCUCCACCACCAACUGAAGCACCCACUACACUUGCUCCACCAACUGCUCCACCAACUCAAGCACCCAUCACAUGUGCUCCACCAACCCAGCCACCCACAACAUGUGCCCCACCAACUCAAGCACCCACCACAUGUGCUCCACCACCAACUGAAGCACCCACUACAUGUACUCCCCCAACCCAACCCCCCACAACAUGUGCUCCAGCAACUCAAGCACUCACUUGUGCUCCACCAACAUCUGACACAGCAACUGACGCAUGUGAAGCAUCAGCCAAGGAAAGCAUGUGCAUGAUGAGGAAAAAUGAAGCAGCUCAACAUAUUCAGAGUAUCUGUAGUCAGCGUAAAGCCAUGGAAGCACAGGCAUGUGCUGCCAGGGCCAAGGCUCAAAUUACGGAAGUUCGUUCCGUCGACACGAUUCGGGUGACAUCUAGAGUUCUUGACCGGUCUCCGGUUGCCGACGAAGGGCCAAAACCCACGGUUUCCCCGCGGUGCGGUGUGCGUUGCAUUAGUUUUGCGAGGGAAAACGUGAUCAAUUGA